AUGGAUCCGGCCGCUACAGCAGCCUUCGCAAGAUGGCAGACCCAGUUGAAGACCAUGACGGCUGCGAUAGCAGACCUCAAGUUGCCACCCCUCUCGACGGAUCAUUAUGGCUCAGAUAUCGAAUUCGACGACGAGGUCAGCAGUGGCUCUGGGGACUUCUUCAGCUACAGUACCAGCGAAGAAGAUGACUGGGCUAGCGAUCCAAACGAUGAAUACGGACCCGAGUGGUUGCAAACGAAAUGUGCAAGACUCAGCAUGUCAGGUGACAUGCAGGAUCAGCUUUCAGCUCUUUUAGCCUCGGACAGUUCUGAGGAGGAACUCCAAUCUACCUUGACGGAUCUGAUCGGUUUUGAUGAUUUUGAUUUUAUCAUUGAGCUCAUUUCCCAUCGCAAGGAGAUUACCAAACCGUCAGCCCCGGCUGUAGACAGAGAUGGUAUCUUCACUGGAAAGCUUCAAACGAAGCGUGAACGCGAGGAAGCUCUCAGGAAGGCAGAUCUUGCGCACAAAAGUGCCCAGCUGGGUCCUGCUCUGAACAGAGAUGCAACAAUAUACCCUCAUGUAUAUACAACGCACGUUGCUGGCAACAAGCUCGACUCAAAGGGCCGAUCGUAUGGACUUCCCGUUGGCGCUGUACGGCGGGAAGAGAGAUUAUAUGAGGAAUACAGUAUUCCCGCUGGGAAAGUCGGUACUAUUGGCGUUGGCCGGAAGCUCGUUGAGAUCUCCGAAAUGGAUGGCCUGUGCCGUAACACGUUCAGGGGCUAUAAGGCCUUAAAUCGUAUGCAAAGUCUUGUGUACCCGGUGGCUUAUCAGACCAGUGAGAAUAUGCUGAUUUGUGCUCCUACUGGUGCUGGUAAAACUGAUGCCGCAAUGCUGACCAUCCUGCACGAAAUUGGCCAGAACAUCAGGCCAAAUCCUGCAGAGAACCCCGAUACUACUAACUUUGCUGUCAAUCUCAAGGACUUCAAGAUUGUCUAUGUUGCGCCUAUGAAGGCUCUCGCUGCAGAAAUCACAGCAAAGCUUGGCAGUCGUCUUGCCUGGCUUGGUAUCCAGGUUCGCGAGUUCACUGGCGACAUGCAUCUCACAAAGAGCGAGAUUGUAGCCACCCAAAUUAUUGUCACGACCCCAGAGAAGUGGGAUGUCGUGACCAGAAAAGGCACAGGUGACACAGAGCUGGUUCAGAAGGUCCGCCUCUUAAUUAUCGAUGAAGUCCACAUGCUGCAUGACGAUCGUGGAGCGGUCCUGGAGUCUCUUGUUGCCCGAACUGAGCGACAAGUCGAGAGUACUCAAUCUCUCAUCCGUAUCGUGGGUCUUUCUGCCACUCUGCCCAACUACGUUGAUGUUGCCGACUUCUUGAAGGUCAAUCGUCAUGCUGGUCUAUUCUACUUCGAUGCUAGCUUCAGACCAGUUCCGCUUGAGCAACACUUCAUCGGUGUCAGGGGCAAAGCAGGGACACGGACGUCGAGAGACAACAUCGACACGACCACAUUCGAAAAGGUCCAAGACAUGUUGGAGCAAGACCAUCAAAUCAUGGUCUUCGUUCACUCGAGAAAGGACACAUCUAAUACUGCCAAGAUGCUGUACGAAAAAGCUAUCGAUCAGGCUUGCGCACAUCUAUUUGACCCACAGGGCCAUCCUGGAUACCCAGCAGCUGUGAAGGAAGCUGCUCGUUCCAGAGGACGUGAGAUCCGGGAACUCCUUCCAAAGGGCAUUGGUAUUCACCACGCCGGAAUGGCGAGAUCCGAUCGAAAUCUCAUGGAGAAGUUGUUCAGCAACGGUGUUCUGAAAGUUCUUUGCUGUACUGCGACACUAGCCUGGGGUGUAAACUUGCCAGCUGCAGCUGUCAUUAUCAAAGGUACCCAGGUUUACAGUGCUCAAGAAGGUAAGUUUAUCGAUCUUGGGAUCUUGGAUGUCCUUCAAAUCUUCGGUCGUGCCGGUAGACCCCAAUUUCAAGAUACUGGAAUCGGCAUGAUUUGUACUACCCAAGACAAGCUUGCCCAUUAUUUACAGGCCGUCACUUCGCAGGUGCCCAUCGAGUCUCGAUUCUCCAAGCAUAUGGUUGACAACCUGAAUGCGGAGAUUGCUUUAGGGACUGUUACUUCUGUCCCAGAGGCCGUUCAAUGGCUAGGCUAUUCCUACCUCUUCGUUCGAAUGCAGCGCAACCCACUCACCUAUGGCAUUGACUGGGCUGAGAGUCGUGACGAUCCUACCUUGGUGCAGCGCCGUCGGCUCCUUGUCAUCCAGGCCGCUAGAACUCUCCAGCAGAGCCAAAUGAUUAUCUUCAACGAGACGACAGAAGAACUGCGGAGCAAAGACGUCGGUCGUAUUGCAAGUCAAUACUACAUCCUCCAUACAAGUAUUCAGAUCUUUAACACGAUGAUGAAGCCUCAGUCGAGCGAGGCGGAUGUCUUCAAGAUGAUUGCAAUGAGUGGGGAGUUCGAUAACAUUCAAUCUCGGGACAACGAGUCGAAAGAGCUUACCAAGCUGAAAGAAGAAUCAUCGCCUUGUAAGGUGGGCGAAAAGGACAUCACGUCGCAGGCAAAGACAAACAUUCUUUUGCAGUCCUACAUUUCUCGAGCAUCUAUCGAGGAUUUUGCACUCGGUAAUGACUCGAACUACAUCGCCCAACAAUCCGCCAGAAUUUGCAGAGCACUUUUCAUGAUUUCUCUGAAUAGGCGCUGGGGACACCAGUGUCAGGUUCUGUUGUCCAUGUGUAUAUCGAUUGAGAAGAGAAUUUGGGCCUUCCAACAUCCCCUGCAUCAGUUUGAAUUGGCCAAGCCUAUCCUGAACCAGCUCGACUCCAAGAACGGGGUCUCGAUUGAGUCGAUGAGAGACAUGGAUGCGGCGGAGAUCGGUGCCAUGGUGCAUAACCACGGGGCCGGGAAGACAAUUUCGAAAAUCCUAGACAACUUUCCAACCAUCAGCAUUGAGUCGGAGAUUGCUCCUCUCAAUAGGGACGUCCUGCGGAUACGCCUGUACCUGACACCUGAUUUUCGAUGGAACGAUAAAUAUCACGGCACAUCUGAAAGCUACUGGGUCUGGGUUGAGAACUCCGAGACAUCUGAAAUUUACCACCACGAGAUGUUCAUCCUGAGCCGAAAGAAGCUAUACGAUGACCACGAAUUGAACUUCACGAUUCCACUAUCUGAUCCGCUACCAACUCAGAUAUAUGUCAGAGCGGUUUCUGACAGAUGGCUCGGAGCGGAUACUGUUCACCCAAUCUCGUUCCAGCACUUAAUCAGACCAGAUACGGAAAGUGUCUAUACAGACUUGCUCAACCUUCAGCCAUUGCCAAUAUCUGCUCUCAAAAAUCCCGCGCUCGAGAAGAUUUAUGGGCAAAGGUUUCAGUACUUUAAUCCAAUGCAGACCCAGAUCUUCCAUUGCCUCUACCACACCUCUGCGAAUGUAUUGCUGGGAUCGCCGACUGGUUCCGGUAAGACGAUUGCUUGUGAGCUGGCUAUGUGGUGGGCAUUCCGCGAGAAGCCAGGAUCCAAAGUCGUCUACAUUGCCCCCAUGAAAGCUCUCGUGCGGGAGCGAGUCAAGGAUUGGAGUGCACGGCUUACGAAGCAGAUGGGUCUGAAGCUGGUGGAGUUGACUGGAGACAACACGCCCGACACCCGCACUAUCCGAGAUGCAGACAUCAUCAUCACUACUCCUGAGAAAUGGGACGGUAUUUCCAGAUCUUGGCAAACAAGAGGCUACGUGAGACAGGUCAGUUUGGUCAUCAUCGAUGAGAUCCAUCUGCUGGGAGGGGAUCGCGGUCCCAUCCUAGAGAUUAUUGUCUCUCGUAUGAACUAUAUUGCUGCGCAGUCAAAGGACUCAGUCAGACUCAUGGGUAUGUCGACCGCCUGUGCAAAUGCAUCCGACUUGGGGAACUGGCUAGGAGUCAAGGAGGGCUUGUUCAACUUUCGUCACAGCGUCCGCCCUGUACCUCUGGAAAUUUUCAUCGAUGGCUUCCCUGAAGUCCGAGGCUUUUGCCCGCUGAUGCAGUCCAUGAAUAGACCCACGUUUCUCGCUAUUAAGACUCAUAGUCCUGACAAGCCGGUCAUUGUUUUCGUAGCUUCCCGAAGACAGACGCGCUUGACCGCAAAGGACCUGAUCAACUACUGUGGCAUGGAAGACAACCCUCGAAGAUUCGUGAAGAUGUCCGAAGAUGAACUACAACAGAAUCUUACACGCGUUAAGGACGAUGCGUUGAAGGAGGCACUCAGCUUCGGAAUUGGUUUGCAUCAUGCCGGUUUGACUGAAUCGGAUCGCUCCUUAGCAGAGGAGCUGUUCGCAAACAAUAAAAUACAGAUCCUGGUAGCGACAGCCACCUUGGCAUGGGGUGUCAACUUACCGGCUCACUUGGUGGUCGUCAAGGGUACUCAGUUCUUUGACGCGAAGACUGAGGGCUAUAAGGACAUGGACCUCACGGAUGUGCUCCAAAUGUUGGGCCGUGCCGGUCGUCCUCAAUUCGACACUUCGGGUAUCGCCCGUAUCUUUACCCAGGAUUCCAAGAAGGCUUUCUACAAGCACUUCCUGCAUACCGGUUUCCCUGUCGAAUCAUCUCUACACAAUGUACUGGACAACCAUUUGGGAGCCGAAGUGUCCGCCGAAACUAUCACCACCAAGCAGGAUGCACUUGAUUAUCUCACAUGGACAUUCUUUUUCCGCCGUUUGCACAAGAACCCCUCUUACUAUGGCCUGGAAAUCGACGCCGAAGAGCACAACACAAUCUCAGCGCAGCAAUCAGCCAAUGAGUACAUGAUCUCUAUGGUCGACAAUUCCCUAGGUGAGCUUGCCGAGUCAAAAUGUCUAGAAAUAUACCCCAAUGGCGACGUCGACUCUACUCCGAUGGGCAAAAUCAUGAGUUACUACUACCUUUCGCACAAAACUAUCCGCCACCUUGUCACACAUGCCACCCGCAAUGCAACAUUCACCGACGUCCUCUCCUGGAUGUCUAGCGCCACUGAAUAUGACGAACUCCCUGUCCGCCACAACGAAGACCUUAUCAAUGCAGAACUUGCUAAAAACUUGCCUCUCUCUAUCACAGCCUUUGGUGAUCUGCCCCUCUGGGACCCGCAUGUCAAAGCUUUCCUGCUGCUCCAAGCGCAUAUGUCGCGUAUUGAUCUUCCGAUUACGGAUUACGUAGGUGACCAGACGAGCGUACUGGACCAGGCUAUUCGUGUCAUUCAGGCUAGCAUUGAUGUAUUGACCGAAUUGGGCUAUUUAUCGAGCUGUGUACAGAUGAUCACGCUACUGCAGUGUAUCAAAUGCGGUCGUUGGCCAACCGACUACCCUCUUUCUAUUCUCCCAGGUGUGCCUGUCAGGCAGCCUAAUGGGGAGGAACUCCCUGUGAGCUUGCAGGACUUUUCAUUCCUUUCCGAAGUGGCUUAUCAGAAAACAUUGAAGGCUCUCGAUCUCUCACCACGCAGCCUCUCUGAAUUUCAAAAAGCAGCGCAGGCCAUCCCCUGCCUGAAAAUCGACGUUCAGAACCUCACCGCUUUAUCUAUGACGGUCGUUCUCUCGCGACAGAAUCCGCUGGCUCAGGGUGGGAAGAUGUACGCUCCGCGCUUCCCGAAAUCUCAGACCGAAGGCUGGUUCGUUAUCUUAUGUAACGAGGGUAGAGAUGAGAUUGUCGCUAUCAAGAGAGUUGGGUGGAACGCUCCUAGUGGAGCUGGCGGGAGGCAGACGGCGAGGAGUGUCAUCAAGUUGCCGGAGGAAGAGAGCGGUUUGAUCAGUGAUGGGCGGAAGAUGGAUGUUUGGGUCAUCAGUGAUGGGUAUCUCGGGAUGAAGUACACGAUCAAGGGUGUUGAGGUCCCCGAUGCGCCGAAGGUCGUGGACGAUGGGAAGAAAGAUAAGCCAGGCUCGAAGGGUGCCGUGGCUGGAGAGUCGAGUGGGAAUGUCGUGGUGUGA